AUGGCGUUUCGAAAUGUCCAAUGGACGGCGUAUGUGGCGGGCGGAUAUUCGUUCAUAGAGAAGAUAGACACCGGUUCGCCCUCCAUUCUGCAGCUGCACGGACCGACUGCGUUCUCGAGAUCCUGGCGCAUCACGAGCAUCAAGUCAGCCGCUGGGAACUCGUCCACCAUGACCACCUGUUUCCUGCUCGGGCUGGACUGGACGGCCCAACUGGGCGACGAGGACAUGGCCUCCGUCGCCGCCAACAGGGCCACCGCUUCUGAUGUCUCCGAGAUUGGCGUUCAGUUCCUUGACCUCGGCCACGAGUGUUUGCAGAAGGUGAAUGGCAUCCGGGGUGGUAUCUUCCUCCUCCGAGUUCCGCCAACCGGGUAUUUUACCACACCCGGCCUGCCCGAGGAGAAGAGCCCUGGGCCGAAGGGCAUUGGCGACGCUGCUCCUGGGUCGUCUUCGGGGAGUGCCCGGAAUCUGGAAGACGGCUCCAUUCCGGCCCGGUCGCAAGCCAGCCGGUUGCUCUCCACUGCUCACCACGCACUCCGAUCAAUUACAGGGUCGCAUUCAUGCAGGAACCGGAAGCGAACCGAAGCAGAUGGCGCGGAUAACAGUGAGGACACCCUCGACCAACAGCGUGCCGAGCCUGGCAGAGCAACGGUAAAAGCUUCCUGGGAGAUCGGAGCCGCCAUCCUACACUAG